AGUUUUGAAUUCGAUCUCAACGUGAACAGAUCAAAACCUAAAACUGCUUACAAGAUUCAAAGCGAAGUAUUUGAAAAAUUUCACUCAAACAACUGCAAUUAUUUAAAUUAAUUGAAUUUAAAAAGAAAAUAUAAAAUUUCAACAAAUAAAAUAUAUAAAAGAAACUUAAGAGUUGAUUAUCUCUGCAAUUUACAAAAAAGUGUAAAAAAGUAUUUAAACGGAAAGUAGUAGAAAAAUUCUAUAAAUUCUAAAAUUUACUCAUCAAAGUCAAAAAUCUAAUCAAACAAAAUGUGCUCAAUGAAAUUGUGUUCAAUAUUUGUUGCAACAAUUGUUCUGCUCGCUGCUGUUUGCUUUUCAAGCACGGAGGCGGCGGUAUUCACACAAAAUGCUGCAUACCAUCCUGCGCAUCCCGGCAAAUGCUUCGACAAGAUCACACGUCGCGCCAUGUUGCCCAACAAGGAGUACAAACCGAAGGGCAUUUGCGCUGCCAUGACCUGCGAUAUCAGAACACUGACCAUUAAUAUUGAAACCUGUCCCUACGUGGAGAUGCCCGGCUGUGAGGAGCUGCCCGCAGAUCCCACAUGGUCAUUCCCAAAAUGCUGUCCGCAAUUUAAGUGCACCGACUUCAAGACCGGCAAAGAAUUCGUCGUGUCGCUGUAGUGCGUCUUCCGCGGGACCGUCCCAGUGCUGUGUCUUCUGAAAAAUCGUGUGCAGCGUAGACCAGCGUAGAGCAGCGUAGAGCAGCGUAGAAUCUUCGUUCGUCACACGCCUGCCCGAUGCCUUUAGGCUUUAAGUACAAUAAACAAAUCGUGAUUUUAUACUUUGUAUUUAAUAUUGUAUGUAAUUUAACUUGUUCGUGUGUGUGUGUGUGCCGAGGAGCCAGUGUGUGUGUGCGUGCCAUCAACAAUUUGUGAAAUAUCUCAACUCCAUUGUUACUUCAUUGAUAAUUUAUUAAUUUAUUUAUAAAAAUCAACAAAAAAUUUGUAAAUACUCGUGUAACUUCCCUCAUUGUUUCCAGUGAACUCGUUUAUUUAUAAUUGAAACAUUCUUAAUUUAUGUAUUUAUGUAUUUAUGUUCAUGUAUGAAAGUUUGUAUCUCGCAUUCUCGUAUUAAGCAAUCGAAAGUAACUCUAAAAUCUGUUAAAUUAUUUAUUGAGAAAUCUUCUCCUCUUCUUAACUUUGAUUUAUUCAAAUAUUAUUUAUAUUUGCGAUAUUUGCAGACUUAACUUAUUUUAAGUUUAUGUUUAGUUUUUUAUAAAUUAUAAAUUGAAAAAAAAAUUGCAUAAAAAAGAAAAAAAUAAAUAUAAAACA